AUGGAAACAGAAAGUCUUAGUGCCUUUCAUUCAGUUCGCCUUAUGUGUGACUCUGAUGGACAACUUCUUUUACGUCCAAUUAAUUCAGAGCCAAAUUCUGUAGAUAUUGAACUUAACCAAAAGGAUAAUAAAAAAGAAUUAACUUCAAGCAAGUCUAAACAAAAUAAAAAACAAGAAACAUACCAAGAAGAAAUGCUCAAUGCUAAGAGGAAAUCAAAGAACAGAGAUGCAGCUCAACAAUCAUUUUUAAUAGGGUUACUUGCAACAUUUGGAUAUGAAUUAAAAAUUAAUAAGUUAUACAAAAAAGGAAAAACAACAAGUCAACUAUUUACUAUUAGUUCAAUUAAAAAAGAUGGAACAUUAGUUUAUAAAAGUUAUGACGUUGUUCCAGAAGUUGAAGAUUUAAGAGAUAAACGAAGAUGUUUAGAUGCAGUGACUAAUUCAAAAUUACUUGAUUUAGCUUUAAAUCAUCCAGAAGUAAUUGUUGUAGAGAAGAAAUGUAGAAUAUCAAAAUAUGGACAUGCUAUUGGAAUGAGAAGAAUUAAAACAUUUUCAUUAAAUGGUUGUACUUUAAGAAUUCAAGAUAUAACAAAGUUAGGUGCUCAAGUUCAUGAUAUGAUUCUUGAACAUAUGGGAGAAAAAGAUUGUCUUGUUAGUAUCCAAUCAUAUGAUAUCACUUCUAUUAUUCAAAAUUAUUUAUCUCAUAGAAUUAAACAAGAAAGUGGUAAUAGUGAUACUGUCGAUGAUUUGUUGUAA